GUUUUUGCCUGUGUGUAUAUAUGUGUAAUAUUGACACUAUUUGUCAGUUUGUUUAUUCUGGCACUGCUGGCACCAUUUUUAGGAAGCAGUCCCAAAUAAGGAUUAUAAAGACCCGGUGGUUAAAAAGUAUAAAACCUGCUGAUGAGCAGGAGAAAGUUUUAGUAAAGAAGACAGACGGUGCAAUGACUUGCUACAUUUGGAUUCCCAUGCUGCUCUCAUGUAUGUUUACUGCCUCUGACAACAGACAUGUUCCUCAGGACACGGCCAAUUUGACUAGUUAUUCAGGAAAUGUGGACAUCCUUUCAAAGCUCCCAAUAAAACUGCCAGAGGGAUUUGACCCUAGGAAUAUAGAAGUACAUUCAUAUACUAUAAAAACCUGUGUCGGUAUGAAGGAAGAGUUGGCGUCGCUAAACACGCAACUUCAGGAGAAAACUGCCCACGCUCACCAACUAAAUGAGGUCGCCUUUGGGUUAAAGAGGGACGUCAGACUGCUGAAAAUGCAGCUCGACACAUGCAGUUCCACAGCCUCGGCAGUCACUGGCUCUUAUCAAACCCAACUGAACAACAAAAUGAAACAACUGCUACAGACGUUCGACAGUGAUACGUUUCUGAUUCUGCAAAUCAUUUCUCUGAGCAGUGAGGUGACAGUAUUACAGAGGAAGAUCAAGCUUGCAGCUAAUUCUACCCAAACUCAAAUCACAUUGCUACAGAAUGAGCUGCAGGAAAAGAUCAAUGAACUGAAUAAUAAGAAGCAGGAAAUUGAAGGAAGGCACACAAACUCAGGACUGAUUGUUGAGAUCGUCUCACUACAAAAUCAGAUCUGGGAUUUACAGCAGGAACAGUCAACAGGAGGAGAAACUGGAGUCCAGCAGCACAAGAGAAUUACGGAUCUACAAAAUGAACUGGACAGGAAGAUCGGGGAGCUGCGAAGAGGAGGAGACGCCAGCUCUGCACUGCUGGAACUGAUUUCUGUGCACAGCAAGACUGCAACGAUACAGAAGCACAUCAGUGUCCAGAUUCAGAAAUCUAGACGUGAUCAUGUUGAUUACCAAAAACAGUUGAGGCAAAAAACGGAUCUCCUUAAAAGGAUGAUUUUUCGCUUGAAUCGUGAAGAGAAUAACACAGCACUUACCAGUGAAAUUUUGACUCUGCAGAUUGAAGUGGAGCAACUCAGACAAUUCAUGUUAAAUGCUAGAAAGAUAACUGAUUCCCAAGUUAAAGAGCUGAGAGGUGUUUUGGAGGAAGAGACAAAAAAGCAAGACAUCUUACAAAAACAAUUAGAGGAAACAGAGUAUGUGCAGUCACAAAUGAUCAUUAAGAUCAUCAACAUAAUGAAAGAGUUGAGAGAGUUGCGGGAGAAUGAGCCACUGCAGACAACAUCUACAAGCAAACCCACCACUCCUCAGACUCUCUCUCAGGACAAAACGCAACAAGACGCCACUGCAGAGGAGGUAAAGACUGAAUUUAACCAGAAGAUCAAAGAACUCAACAGAACUGGAGACGCCACAGCAGCACUCAUUCUGAACGUGAUAAACCUACACAAUGAGCUGAGGACUCUGAGGGUUCUGAUCGCUGCUACAAACGAUCCACAGAGGAUUGCAGAGCUGCAGAGGCAACUGGAAGAGAAACAAGAAGAAAUAAACUCUGGAACUGCAAAUAUACACAGACUGGUCACAUAUCCCAAAACAUUUUUAGCAAUCAUUAAGCUACAGAAUGAAAUCUUGGACCUUCAGCAAAAUCCUAUUAAUGAGACUACAAGUUACCAAGUUAAAAAGUUGCAGGCCAGAUUGGACGGUUUUAUCAGCGAAGUAGAUGACAAAGACAACGAAAACACAAAACUGAUGCUGAAAGUUGUGACACUGCAGAGUCAGGUGGAGCAGCUGCAGAAACUGCUGUCAGAAGCCCAGGUGUUACAAGUCACUCAGGUAAACGAGCUCAGAGAUGAUCUGGCAACAAAGAAGAAAGAACUGCAGGAAUAUGUCAACGAGCUCCAUGAGAAGAACCAGACAAAUGCGCGGCUGAUUCUGUCAGUCACUGAUCUGCACAACCAGCUCAGAAAACACGAAGCAGAGCAACUCAAUAACAAAGCAACGUUCUUAUUAAGAAUUAAUGAACUGAGGGAACAACUGAAGGAGAAAGUGGAGGAGCACCAGCGUGAUCAGGAUAAGAUCCAAACUCUGGAGAGUAAGCUGAACCGUACAGAGCUGCAGUGUUCCAAUUUUGAGCAGAAAAUUAAAGAUGUGCAGAAUGACCUGGACGACAAACUAAAGGAACUGCAGUCGGACAGCGUCACUUCACUUGCUCUUCAGAUUUCUACGUUAACGCAGCACCAGGAAGAGUUGAAGAGACAACUGGAAAACACAGAGUCCACAGCAAAGAUAAAAGAGCUUCAAAAACAAUUGGAAGAGAAGAAAAAUGAGUUAGAGAAAAAAACAGAGGAGCUGAAAACAAGAAGUGCUCAAUCCCAAAGAUUUCUAGAGAUCAUCGUAGUUCAAACAGAGAUCGAGAGAUUUGCAAAAAACGCAGUAAACAACACAGAUUACAAUCGGAUUAAAACACUUCAAGGCCAACUGAAUCAGCUGGUUGACGAGAUUCAAGAUGAAAACAAUGAAAAUACCAAACUGGUGUUCCAAAUUUUGAUUGCUCAAGAAGAAGUAGCCAGACUGAAGAGGCAAGAAGAGAGUCAGGCAGAAGCUCCAUUACAGAAAAUAAAAGACCUGGAGAAUGAACUGGAGGACGUCAGAACCCAGAUUAGAGAGAAGACUCUGGCUCUGGACUCGAGUGAUUUUAGGAUUGCAAAUAUGACGGCUCAUAUUAUGGAACUUCAUCAGAAAAUUAAGCCACUGGAAGAUGAAAUAUCACAACUCAAACAUACAAAUACUGAGGCCCGUGCAGAGCUUCACAGGAGACUGAAUAUUGCUGCGAGGCAACUGCAAGACAGUGAACUUCGACUCAAACAGGCUGAUGAAAAGACUUUUAACUUAGUAAUGGAGGUCGCUGAUCUGCAGGAAAAACUGAAAAAGACUCAGGCAGAGGCAUCCAACGCUGCUAGGAAAAACAUCAUCGAUAUGGAGCAACACGCUGAAGUACAACAAAAAGAGAGAAGAAAACUUGAAAACUUCAAUAGAGAAUUAGAGCGGGAAGUCAAAGAGCUGAAAAAGUGCUGCAAAGAUAACAACGCCCACUGUGAAGACUUAGAGGCAGACAUGCAACAGGCUUUGCUGCUAACUGAAGCCCUAGAGCAGAGGCUGCACAAAAAAACCAUCAUGGUUGACACGCUGACGGAGGACCUGGAAGAAGAAACCAAACACUUUAACAGACUGAUGCAAAACUACACAAACCUGCAGACUGAGAAAACCAGACUUGAGGCUUUGGUACAAGAUCUUCAAAACAGACUAAAUGAUGUGGACGACAAGACCAUUCAAGCAAGGAAAGUGACUCUUGAUCCAAACACAGCACACCCGAGAAUAUCUCUGUCUGCAGAUAAUACCGAGAUGGUCACUCAUGAGGAAAUGCAAAACAUCCCUGACAAUCCAGGCCGCUUUGAUGUGGCCCUUGCUGUUCUGGGCAAAACUGGAUUUUCAAGUGGAAGAAAUUACUGGGAGGUGUCUGUAGCUGAGAAACUGUGUUACCAUAUUGGAAUGGCCAGUGAAUCUGCUCCAAGAAAGGGAAUAUUUUCAUUCAGUCCCACCAAAGGUUUCUGGACUGUAGUACUUAACAAACAAGGCAAUUUCAGAGCAAUUGAUAGGUCACCUGUUACAAUUCAAUUCCAGAAACAACCCCUCACCCUGGGUAUUCUGCUUGACUACUCGAAUGGACAGGUGUCUUUUUACGAUGCUGGGGCCAGAACUCAUAUAUACUCAUUUCAAAGUCAAAAGUUUAAGGACAAAAUCUAUCCGUUUAUCAAUUUUUGUGUCGAGGAUGCUGAGAGUCAUACCCCAAUUGUUGUACUUACUCCUGGGUCAAUUGACUGGAUAAAAUAGGGAACUAGACAAGUUCAGUUUUAUCUUCAGUGUAAAAUCUAAGCAAAGCAGAGCAUCUAGUUAGUAAUCAUCAGUUGGUAACAAAAUAUUCUGUGAGUCCUUACAAGUGCUUCUGUUUUAAGUGCUGUUGAGUAUUCCAGACAAUAAUGAUAACAAAUAUACAACAACUCAUGUUCUUUAAUUAAAGUGUAACAAAGUGUCAGUCUGUGAUUUAAUCAAUAAGUCUGGUUUAGAAAAAGAAAUGCUUGAAAAUGUAAUUCUCUUACACCCAAAUGUGAAACCAGUUUAUUUCAGGUUACUGCCACAACGUGUGAAAUGGCAGCCCUUAAACAAUAAACAAAAACAUCACAAUAAAAAAGUAUAAAUGUAUAACAUGUUUAGAUACAGUAACAUCUUAUAUCGAACAGACAUGCCUGCUCUUAAUAUCAAAUUAUUUACCUUCAACAAUAAAUCCAAUGCAACAUA